AUUACAGUCCUUCAGCUCUCGGCGUUGCUGAAGCAAGCAGACUCCAGCAAAAGGAAACUGACCCUCACUCGCCUGGCCUCCGCACCCGUGCCCUUCACAGUUCUCAGCCUGACUGGAAACCCCUGCAAGGAGGACUACCUGGCUGUGUGUGGACUGAAACUAGCCACUGGAAAUUUCAUCAUUAAAGCUGUGUGGCUGCCAGGGUCUCAAACAGAGCUUGCUAUUGUGACUGCAGACUUUGUGAAGAUCUAUGAUCUUUCAGUAGAUGCCUUGAGUCCAACUUUCUAUUUCCUUCUGCCGAGUUCCAAAAUCAGGGAUGUGACUUUCCUUUUCAACGAGGAAGGGAAGAACAUAAUUGUGAUCAUGUCCUCUGCUGGGUACAUCUACACACAGCUCAUGGAAGAGGCAAGCAGUGCCCAGCAUGGACCAUUCUAUGUCACCAAUGUGCUUGAAGUCAAUCAUGAGGACCUGAAGGACAGCAAUGGCCAGGUAGCAGGAGGUGGUGUGUCUGUGUAUUACUCCCACGUGCUGCAGAUGUUGUUCUUCAGUUACUGUCAAGGCAAAUCCUUUGCAGCCACCAUCAGCCGGGCCAGCCUGGAAGUGCAGAGGCUAUUCCCAAUCAACAUAAAGAGUUCAAAUGGUGGGAGUAAGACUUCACCAGCACUGUGUCAGUGGUCUGAGGUGAUGAACCAUCCUGGCUUGGUGUGCUGUGUUCAACAAACCACAGGUGUCCCACUGGUGGUGAUGGUGAAGCCAGACACCUUUCUCAUCCAGGAGAUUAAAACCUUGCCAGCCAAAGCAAAGAUCCAGGACAUGGUGGCCAUCCGUCACACAGCCUGCAACGAGCAGCAGAGGACCACCAUGAUCCUUCUGUGUGAAGAUGGCAGCUUGAGGAUCUACAUGGCCAACGUGGAGAAUACCUCCUACUGGCUCCAGCCCUCCCUGCAGCCCAGCAGUGUCAUCAGCAUCAUGAAGCCAGUUCGCAAGCGCAAGGCAGCUGCUAUUACAACUCGCACAUCCAGCCAGGUGAACUUCCCUAUUGACUUCUUUGAGCACAACCAGCAGCUGACAGAUGUGGAGUUUGGAGGCAAUGACCUGCUGCAGGUUUACAAUGCUCAGCAGAUAAAGCACCGGCUCAAUUCCACUGGCAUGUAUGUGGCCAACACCAAGCCUGGAGGCUUCACCAUCGAGGUGACAAACAACAACAGCACGAUGGUGAUGACAGGGAUGCGGAUCCAGAUUGGCACCCAGGCCAUAGAGAGGGCACCCUCCUACCUGGAGAUCUUCGGCCGCACCAUGCAGCUGAACAUGACCAGGGCUCGUUGGUUUGACUUCCCUUUCACUCGUGAGGAAGCCUUGCAGGCUGACAAAAAACUCACCAUCUUCAUUGGGGCCUCUGUGGAUCCUGCUGGAGUCACAAUGAUGGAUUCCAUAAAAAUCUAUGGCAAAACCAAAGAGCAGUUUGGGUGGCCUGACGAGCCCCCUGAGGAUUUCCCCUCUGCUUCAGUGAGCAACGUUUGUCCCCCAAACCUGAAUCAAGGGAAUGGCACUGGAGACACAGAGUCAGCAGCUCCUGCUGCCACCAGUGGCACCGUCCUGGAGAGGCUAGUCGUGAGUUCUUUAGAAGCGCUGGAAAGCUGCUUUGCUGUAGGACCAGUCAACGAGAAGGAGAAGAAUAAGGUGGCAGCUCAGGAACUGGCUACUCUGCUGCUGUCCAUGCCAGCUCCAUCCAGUGUCCAGCAGCAAACCAAGAGCCUCUUGGCCAGCUUGCACACCAGCCGCUCGGCGUACCACAACCACAAGGACCAGGCAUUGCUGAGUAAAGCUAUUCAGUAUUUGAGUUCCUCCACCAAAGAGGGAAAGGAUCUUGAUCCUGAAGUGUUUCAGAGACUGGUCAUCACUGCUCGAUCCAUUGCUAUUAUGAGACCAAACAAUCUGGUCCACUACACAGAAUCAAAGCUGCCACAGUUAGAAACAGGAGAUAAGGAUGAUGAUGAUGAUGACGACGCAGAAGACAAGCUGCAGAGCUCUGGGAUAGCAAAUGGUGAGCACAUCCGACAGGAGAGCCAGGAGCAGAGUGAGGUUGAUCACGGGGACUUUGAGAUGGUGUCUGAAUCUAUGGUUCUGGAGACUUCUGAAAAUGUGAAUAAUGGGAACCCUUCUCCCCUGGAGGCUCUUCUGGCUGGAGCAGAGGGAUUCCCCCCUAUGCUGGAUAUUCCUCCAGAUGCAGAUGAUGAAACAAUGGUGGAAUUGGCUAUUGCCCUGAGCCUGCAACAAGAUCAACAAGCUCCAGCGUCGGACGACGAGGGCAGCACGGCUGCGACGGACGGCUCGACCCUCCGGACGUCUCCUGCAGACCAUGGUGGGAGUGUGGGCUCUGAGAGUGGUGGCAGCGCCGUGGACUCUGUAGCUGGGGAGCACAGUGUGUCAGGCCGCAGUAGUGCCUAUGGGGACACGACAGCUGAGGGCCACCCUGCUGGGCCAGGCAGUGUCAGCUCAAGCACAGGUGCCAUCAGCACUACCACAGGCCAGCAAGAGGGAGAUGGUUCAGAAGGGGAAGGGGAAGCAGAAGGAGAUGUCCACACCAGCAACAG